UAUUUCAAAGUUGAUACCCUUAUACGGGGAUUUUAAUGAAUUAGUCAAAAUUUAUUCAAUCAAAUCAAUGAAAUUCUCGUAGAUCGAGUGAUAAAUGAAAAUGAAGCGUUCCAAAAGUGAAAUAAUAAAUGCCACAGUCGAAUCGUAUUUAAAACGACGACAUUAUCAGCAAAGUGGUGAUUUUCUUUGUAAAUCCGAUCAAUCAAUUUGCCAAACCGGUGAUGAAAUGACUCUUAGUGCAACGAUUAAGUUAGGCAUAUCACGAGAUAAUUCAAUUGUCUUUAGUGCUAUUAGUACUGAUACAGCUGCUGUUGAUCAAGCAUUCGAACGGUUAAAAACAUGGAUAAACGUUAUACGUAACGAUAAUAUAAAAACAGAACUGAGAGGCCUUUUGUAUCCAGUAUUUUGUCAUCUUUAUUUGGAAAUGUUACAUGCUGGAAAUAAACAAGCAGCAGUAUUAUUUUUAAAGUCUCAUCAAGGUGAUUUUGUUAAUGAAACGGAAAAAAGUUUUUUAGAAGAACUUUCCGGUGUCUUCUCUAUACAAGAUAUAGAAUUAAGGCCAUUAGUAAAUGCAUUUAGAACUAGAAAAUACAAAGUGGAUAUAUCACAUAUAGCUCAUGUAUGUCUUCAACAAUUUCUUAAAAAACAUGGGCAUAUAACAUUGAUGCAGAUAAUAAAUACACACAUUACUAUAAUUAAGAAAGUAGAUUCUAUUCCUUUGGAUAUGGAUUCGAAUGAAAGUAAAGGGCAGCGUUCUGAGGUUGGAAUUAAUGGACACGUAGAGCAACCAUGUGGAACUGGAGUUGAUCGUGAAAUGCGGGAAUUACAAGAGGCUAUACGAAUGAUACGAAAUUAUCCUUGGCAGCCAUUACGCAUGAUUACCGUUAACAAUGCUAUCGAAAAUGCAAGUUGCGGAAUAUUAACACAUAAUUUAGAUAAAGUAGCUGUAGGAUUUAGCACUGCUGAAGUUAGAUUAUGGGCUACAAGUGACACGGUACUGGUCAAGCCAGAUUUUAGAGAACCAUCUGUAAGUCUUGCUCGUAAUGUCUCACCUUCAAAUAAAUGGAGUGAAAACAAUCUGUUUAAAGAUGAAGCAGGAGCGAUAGUAUUAAGAGGACAUACUGAUGUAGUACAUGAUAUGCGAUUUAUUCCAAAUUCAGAUCUUCUUUUAACAGUAUCUAGUGAUAAACAUAUGCGAGUAUGGGAAUUGCGGGAUUAUACUUGCGCAGCUGUAUAUAACGGACACAACUAUCCUAUAUGGUGUAUGGAUACUAGUAUAUUCAAUUUAUAUAUAGCAACUGGAUCUCAUGAUAGAACUGCAAAAUUGUGGUCUUUAGAUAGAAAAUUUCCUUUAAGAAUAUUUGCAGGUCAUUUUUUAGAUGUCAAUAGUAUAAGAUUUCAUCCAAAUGGACGUUAUUUAGCAACAGGAUCUGCUGACAAAACAAUUCGAUUAUGGGAUAAAGAUGAUGCAAGUUUGUUAAGAGUAUUUGUUGGGGCUCAAUCGACCAUUUAUAGUUUAGCUUUUAGUCCAGAUGGAAAAUACUUAGCUGCUGCUGGAGAUGAUAAGUCUAUUGCAAUUUGGGAUUUAGCAGCUAGUUCAUUAUUAACUGAACUUAAAGGUCACCAAGAUACCAUCAUGAAUGUUGAUUGGAGUUUUGAUGGUCAACGUAUUGCUAGUGCCAGUGCAGAUGGUAUAGUUCGUUUGUGGUCUACACAAGAUAAUAUUUUAGUUUCUAACAGUGGAUCAAAAACAUCAUCGAACAAAACAGACAAUUUUCAUGCAUAUCCGACAUAUUGCUCGAGUAUUCUUUCUCUUCGAUAUUAUAAAAAGAACAAUACAUUAAUAUGUAUCGGAACUACAUGAAACAUUUAUUAUUUUAAUAAAAGCUCCAUAAAAUAACAA